UUCAUUGUUCAUUUAAAUUUUUCAUCUACCUGAAUUAUUAAUCAUAUUGGUUUUAGCAAAAAUUGUGCGCCGUAAGUUUCAGUUUUGCAAUUAGACGUAGCAUCAGAAUUUAUUGUUAUUAUAAGUUGAAUGUAAGAAUGCCGAAUCUACCCACAAAAUUUAGCUGGAUCCAAGGAGUUUUAUUAGUCCUCGUCUUAUCAGCCAUUUUCGGUUACUUUUUUUCUAACAGUUCACAGCUUGUGCUUCUUCCCGAGAUGCACAAAAAUCUUCAGCGUCUGAAUUACAAUUCUUUGUUUUCUAAUAAUUCGGAACCCGAAAACGACGAAUGCAGACCUUUACACGAACUCAUAAGGCAACCGGUCAACCCGAAACUAGAAAUCACGGACAAAACAGUCAUCGAACGCAACGGCAUUGUCAAUUCCAGCACUUGCCCGGAAAUAAUGAAAAAUUCAAAAAGAAAAAGUCCUAUGAUGAAAAAAGACGACAUCGAAGUGUUUCGCCGUUAUUUGAAGCAGAAGAAGGAAUCUCAGAAGUGUAUGUCAUACGUAGAGUGGGGAAGCGGGGGAAGCACGUUUGUUUCUCUGCAGUACGCCACUCGGAUUUUGACGAUCGAGAACCACAAGGAAUGGUGCGAUAUAAUAACCAAGGAUCC